AUGCGCAGUGCCUGGAUUGAGUCUUAUGGUGUUGGUCGGACAAAGAAAUUCCUUCAUCGCCGCGGAAAUCAUUCGGAUGACACAUUUCAUUCCACCAGCUUCGAAUGGCAACGCUUGGAAAAUGAUAUCUCACAGGAACGCGUCAAGCCCGCCGGGUUGCUUCACGUGCUGCCCUAUUGCGGGCCCGACAAGAAGUGGGUGUUCCUCGGCGCAUUGGGGUGCAUGCUGUCCGGACUCGUCAUGCCCAUCUACGCCUUCCUUUAUGCCGAAAUUUUCAAUACAUUUACUCUAACUGGAGAGGAGCUGAGAAGAUCUGCGGCUUUUUGGUCUCUCAUGUUCGUGGCGUUGGCAGUCCUCGGUGGCAUCGGGGCCAUGAUCAGGACAAUAGGAAUGGGUUUUGCUGGUGAUUCCCUGACGACGAGGAUGAGGCUAUUGUGCUUCAAAAAUAUUCUGAGGCAGAACAUCGCCUGGUUCGACGAAGAAAAGCACUCGACUGGGAAACUGAGCACCAGGCUGGCAACGGAUGCACCCAUGGUUAAAGCUGCUGCUGGACACAGACUGGGGAUUGUUCUCGCAGCAGUGGUAACCAUUAUUGGAGCAAUGGCCCUUGCAUUUGUGUUUGGCUGGAAGCUCGCUUUGGCUAUUUCUGCAGCAUCUCCUGUUUUGGUUAUUGCUGGGUUCAUCCAGAUCAAGGUUCAGAAAUUUGCACAGCAGAAAGACGCUGUUUUGAUGGAAGGCGCGGGAAACGUUGCAAGUCAAGCAAUCCAAAACAUCAGAACUGUUCAGGCUUUGAACAGAGAAAGAACAUUCUUCAUAAAAUACAUCAACCAGCUGCUGGAGCCCUUCAGAGAAGCCAAAAAGCAGGCAUAUGUCUAUGGCUUGGUUUACUCAUUUUCCCAAGGUGUGAUUUUCUUGAUUUAUGCUGGAGCUUUCCGACUUGGAGCAUAUCUGGUUUCCAUUGAAGACAUGUCUCCAACCAACGUUUACAGAGUGUUUUUUGCGAUUGCAUUUUGUGCAAUAUCUGUUGGGCAGAUGAAUUCCUAUAUUUCUGAGUACUCCAAAGCCAAAUUAUCUGCUGGACUCUUGAUUGGUUUGAUCAAAAGGAGACCAGAAAUUGAUUCCUACUCAAGUUAUGGAGUCUUUCAACCUGUGAAGGGGAAAGUGGGAUUCAGAGACGUUCACUUUUCCUACCCACAAAGAGCACAAGUGCCUGUUCUUCAGGGACUCUCAGCCACUGUUUCCCCAGGACAAACUCUGGCUGUUGUGGGACCAAGUGGUUGUGGUAAAUCCACAGUUAUUUCCCUCAUCCAAAGGUUUUAUGACCCUCUUAGGGGUCAAGUGACUGUAGACGACGUGGAUCUGCGGUCGUACAACUUGCAGCACAUCAGGCGCCAGAUCAGCGUCGUGUCGCAAGAGCCCGUGUUGUUCGAUUGCUCCAUCAGGGAGAACAUCACGUAUGGGCUCCAAGACCCUGACUUUGUGCCCUUGGCCGAAGUGGAAGCAGCUGCCAAAAGCGCCAACAUUCACGACUUCAUCGUCAGCCUUAGUCAGGGCUACGAGACGAGAGUGGGCGACAAGGGCACCCAAUUAUCUGGGGGUCAGAAACAGAGAAUUGCCAUCGCAAGGGCUUUGAUCAGAGAUCCAAAGAUUCUCUUGCUGGAUGAGGCCACUUCAGCUCUGGACACCGAAAGUGAAAAGGUGGUGCAAGAGGCCAUUGAAAAGGCCAGAGUAGGGAGAACCUGCAUAAUAGUGGCCCACAGGUUGUCUACCAUACAGAGUGCGGAUUGCAUAGCUGUCAUGGACAGGGGCCGGAUUGUGGAGCUGGGGACACACGAGGACCUCAGGGCCAAGAAGGGCAUUUACUACCAGCUGACCAAGAGGCAGCAAAUCAGUCAUUGAUCUCUCUCUCAUUAUUGUUCUCAAAUCUCUGUCUCGCAGAUUCAGUCAUCUUCUUUUCUUUUUCUGUGGGGCGGUUAUAAUUUUUGUUUUAGAUACAGGACUAUA